CCCAAAAAGCAGGAAGAGAGCAUCCGAGGAGCAGCCGCCGCCCGCGGGAGCCGCGCGUUCCACUCCGGAGGCGGCAGCCCGAUUCUCCCCGAAGUUGGCUCCCGCCUUAGCAGCCGCAUUGGAUCCCACAGCCUACUGCGAGACUCCGGUGUACAAUCCGGAUCUCUGCCCCAACAUGAUCGCGGCCCAGGCCAAGCUGGUGUACCACCUGAACAAGUACUACAACGAGAAGUGCCAAGCCAGGAAAGCCGCCAUCGCCAAGACGAUCCGCGAGGUGUGCAAGGUGGUGUCGGACGUGCUGAAGGAGGUGGAGGUGCAGGAGCCGCGCUUCAUCAGCUCCCUCAACGAGAUGGACAACCGCUACGAGGGCCUGGAAGUCAUCUCCCCCACCGAGUUCGAGGUGGUGCUCUACCUCAACCAGAUGGGGGUCUUCAACUUCGUGGACGACGGCUCCCUGCCGGGCUGCGCCGUGCUGAAGCUGAGCGACGGCCGCAAGCGGAGCAUGUCGCUCUGGGUGGAAUUCAUCACGGCCUCGGGCUACCUCUCGGCCCGCAAGAUCCGCUCCCGCUUCCAGACGCUGGUGGCCCAAGCCGUGGAUAAGUGCAGUUACAGGGACGUGGUAAAGAUGGUGGCGGACACCAGCGAGGUGAAGCUGAGGAUCAGGGACAGGUACGUGGUGCAGAUCACGCCCGCCUUCAAGUGCACGGGGAUCUGGCCGCGGAGCGCUGCCCACUGGCCGCUGCCCCACAUCCCCUGGCCCGGCCCCAACCGCGUGGCCGAGGUGAAGGCGGAGGGCUUCAACCUGCUCUCCAAGGAGUGCCACUCGCUGGCGGGCAAGCAGAGCUCGGCCGAGAGCGACGCCUGGGUGCUGCAGUUCGCCGAAGCCGAGAACAGACUGCAGAUGGGCGGCUGCAGGAAGAAAUGCCUUUCCAUCCUCAAAACGCUGCGGGACCGGCACCUGGAGCUGCCGGGCCAGCCGCUCAACAACUACCACAUGAAGACUCUCGUUUCGUACGAAUGCGAAAAGCACCCGCGGGAGUCGGACUGGGACGAGUCGUGCUUGGGCGAUCGGCUCAACGGGAUUUUGCUGCAGCUCAUCUCCUGCCUGCAGUGCAGGAGGUGCCCGCACUACUUCUUGCCCAACUUAGACCUCUUUCAGGGCAAACCUCACUCGGCCCUGGAAAACGCAGCCAAACAGACGUGGCGGCUGGCCAGGGAGAUACUGACCAACCCGAAAAGUUUGGAGAAACUUUAGAGGGGAGCCCUAAAAGGGCCCGAACCAGCUUCUGUCCUGACGAAGUUUAAGCUUCCCGUUCGAAAAGUCAGAGAUUUCCAAUUGACAUUGCAAACAGUGUUCUC